AUGGCACGCAAGCUCGCCCCGCGGUCCAAAGAGAUCGUCGGCCUCGAGGGGCAGAUGCGGGCGCUCGCGCUGCAGCUGGCAGGGCUCGCGCAGAAUACCUCCAUACCUGGCGCGGGGGCAGCUGCAGCGACGAAGCCGAGAGCGCGGCCCAAGGAGCAGAAGGAGGAGCAGAACAGCGACAUGUCCAGCCUCCGACAGCGGACCGCUCUGCAGGAGAAGAUCAACUACCGCGAGAAGGACCCCAAGGAGGCCACCGCGCAGAUGCAGGCGAAGCGCAGGAAGCAGCUGGACAGGCACGAGAACGACCUCAAGAGCAAGCAGGAGCAGCUCGAGACCAUCACCGAGAAUAUCCAGCACAAGCAGGAGGCUAUCACGGCAAAGCGCACUGAAGUGGAGGUCUCCAAGCUCGAAGCGGACAAGCAGGCGCGCGCGCCCCUGGGAGACGCCAGCAUCGCGUCCGUGGCCACAGAGGACGUCGUGCAGAUCUGGGCCCCUGGGCGCAACUCCGCAAAGAAGUGGGUUGAGCGAUUUCACGAGAGUGCUUCUGGCGAGGAUGCGCAGGCGGUUGCGGACGGCUGGAAGUGGCUUCAGGACAUCGAGAGGGCCUCCAUCUCCUUCAGCGCGAAGUCCCCCAGCAGCCUCGACGGCUUCCAUCCCGCCCACCUGCAGCACCUGAGUGACGACGCGCUGGAAGCCUUGCGCAACAUCAUGCUGGCAUGCGAAGCACGGGCGGAGCAGAACGCAUCCGUUGGGCGCUACACAGCUACGAACAUCGCAGACUACAGCAAGUACUCUGAGACCAUCUCCCUGGAUGAAUCGAGGGACAAGCUGGUUCGACGGGGCACGUCAAUGGCAGCGACGGAGGUCAUCUACAAUCAAUGGUUCCCGUCCUCCCACAUUGACGACACCUCGCUGGGCGUUUGUGGUGAUGCCAAGGACAGCGCGGUCUCGCAGGCGUUGCAGGCUGGGAAAGACUUCUUCGCCACCGCUAAGCGCCUCGGAGCUCGGCUCAGCGAGAAGCCGGCGGUCGUUGCCGGCUCGGUCAGCACCGGCAGGGACAUCGUCAAGCUCCUCGGUCUUGAGCGCAACAUGAACCAGAGGAGCGCCACCUACCUGGGCACGAUCGCCGACCGCCCUUGUCGGACCCGUGCGGGUUUCACUGGAGUCAUCAAGCUUGGCAACAAGGCCAACGAUCACCAGGCGAAGAGCGAGACCCCCUACAGAUGCGUUGCUCGCUUCGCGCAGUCGAUGGAUGGCUUUAAGUACGUCCAGCAGCGUUAUCACUUCAAAGCGCACAGGCUGACGGACGCCACCAUCGCGGCAGACGCGAGGGCAGAGCUCGCCACCACCAUGCACGCGGCGACCGAGGGGCAUUUCGCGGCGGAGAUGGACGAGGCGGCCACCAGGAUCGGCAAGAUUGCGCACCUCGCCGCCAAUGUGCCCCCAAUAUUCGACAUGGACGACCAGAUAAGCUUCCUGAAGGACUGCGUGCAGAACCCUCGAGGGCACAGGCUGGUCGCCGCCAACCAGUGGGGGGCCCCCGACAACAAUGACAUCGCCAAGUCUGUUUUCAUAUGCGUGAGAUGCGGCGCCUGGGCGCAGCAACGCCGACGGCUGAAGUUACGACUGCCAUGCGCAGCGGCCACCACGAAAGGCCUGGAGGUCCCGAGCAACCUGAAGAAAGGAGCCGGACCCCACAAGAAGCUCGGGCGUUUCAUCGACGCGAACACCCCCAUAGGCAAGCCCCGCGCGGGCACAGUGGCUAGCAUGUCUCACAGCAAGUUUGACAUCACCAAGAGCAGCAACUCGGAGGUGGAGAGCUCUAGCGUCUACGAGGGAAGAACGGCAGCACUUCAUCAGCGAGUUCGAGGAGAGGAGCUACGACCCAAUGAUGCAAAUGAGGAGAAGAACGCCAUGCUAGGCAACGCGAUGCGCGGCGGCCUGUCCCACGUGCCCGCGAAGCCAAAUGAUGGCCACGCGAGCCACCACGGCGACGUCGCAGAGAGCCUACCCCACGGCAUAGCCAAGUCCGGCGAGGUUGAUGCCGUGACCACGGAGGUUUUCGACCACCAGAUCAUCGGCCUUGGGAGCGACUCCGUCGUCGGGGAGCCGCUCUGCCAAGGGGGCCCCGACGAGAACACCUACCUCGACAAGCGGUGGAAGCCCAAGCUGUACGCGGUGGAGAAGGCCAUGCAGCUCAAAGAGGAGCUGGACGCGGAGCUGGCCGCAAAGUUCGAAGGCGCGAGCAUGGGCGGUCAGGAUGGGGCUGGGCGGGCGCCCGACCCUCGACCUCCCGAGGCCCGCGAACUCAGGUACGAACCGCUGUCGCAUGCCCUGCAGCUCAGCGUCGCCAGCGCGCACGGCUCCCAGCGCAGCCCGCGGGUCGGCCUCGCUGCCCAGGUGGAGCCAGACCCAGGCCCGGAGGCUGCCGCAGGCGCAGAUGACGACGGGGCAGCGGCUGCCGGCGGGGCCGGGAGUGGUGCAGGGUCGCCCCGCUCUUUGGUGCCGCCAGUGCUGCCCCGAAGGAGCCGCGUGGCCGUCGUGGCGGGGCUCUGCGGCGUCGCGCUGGUGGCCGUCGGCGGGCUCGCGCGGGCCGUCGGGCGCGGCGGGCGGGGCGCGCUGGGCGGCGGCGAUGGCCAGGCCGCGAGGGAUCCGACGGCGCCCUCCGACGCCACCUUCCUCCUCAGCGUCCAGCGCCCCCAGGGCCUCCACCACGAGGCCUCCGACCGCAGAAGCCAGCUGAAGCCCUGCACGUUUGUCACGUCCGCGGACCACAAGGUCACGAUAGACAACGCAGUUCCGUGCACGAUCAGCCUGCAGACCACUGGUGGCGACUGGCACAAGUACAUUCUGUCCCGGGACGGGGGGCAGGACCUUCCGCAGCGGGCUGCCUCCGAGAAGGGCGCGCGAAAGGCACGCAAGCACGCGCUGCAGAGCGACGACCACUCGCCCAAGAAGGACGAAGUAGCUGAAGCCGCCGAGGCUGUGGCACACGAGUUCGCGAUCGCAGACGGCGACGAGGAGGACGCUGGACCGUCGCCCACCGACAACGAGAGCCGCGACAGGACGGAUGCAGCGACGCCCGAGGCCGCGGCGGGCAGCAGGCGGAGAAGCCCGCACGCAGAGGGCGGCAGCCACAAGAGGCACCACCCGUCGGGGAGCUCCCACAGCAAGGGCGCUGGCAGCAACGGCAGCGGCGCCGAGGGCGGCGCCGAGGCCGCUGCCGCGGGAGGCUGCGGCCCCGACGCGGCCGAGGACGCCGCCUGCUGCGCCACGUUCGGCUGCGAGGGGGCAUACGACGUGGCCCAGCCCUGCCAGUGCAACAGCAGGUGCGAGGAGUUCUCGAACUGCUGCCCGGACUUCCAGGCCGUGUGUGCGGCCUCCCUGAAGACCAACGCGCAGACCACGGAGAGCCCACCACCGCAGACCACGUCAGCGCGCUCGAUGGGCUCCCCGUCGCUGCUGUGCUUCUCGGUGAUCAGGUCCGAGGGCAACGAGAUCGGCCUGGUGGGCGCCCAGCACGACCGGCACGCCGCCAUCUUCGCCUGCGACACCACGCUCGUCUUCUCCAACGGCCCCUCGAUUCGCAUCGGGACGAUGGACACCGUGUCGAUCCCCACCGAAGCCAUCGGGAUGGGCAACCUGGGCGUGGAGGGGGAGACCACCAACUCGUGGCUCAACACGGCCGUCUUCAUCGAGGUCUGGCACUGGCUAGUGAAGGACGGGCGCUGGAAGGGCUACGACUGGACGGUAAAAGUUGACCCUGACGCCGUAUUCUUCCCCGAGAGGCUUCGGGAUCAUGUCAGGCCUUACACGCCUCCAGGGGGUGGGAAUUACUACCUCGUCAAUUGCAACAAGCGGUACACGGCAGAUCCGGAUGACGAGGUCUUCAAAGAGAAGCUCUUCGGGGCGCUCGAGGUCUUCAGCAAGCAGGCCGUUCAGGCAUACCAAGACGGCCACAAGCGUUGUACUGAUGAGCUGAAGUGGCAUGGAUGGGGCGAAGACUACUACAUGCAGAGCUGCCUGAGCUUUCUUGGAGUGCUUCCCGUUGGUGACUUCACCAUGGUCGGGGACAAGAGGUGCUUCGAGGCGCCCUGCACCGACACCGGCAAGGUUGCGUUCCACGACUUCAAGGACGUCCCGGCGUACUUCAACUGCUGGGAGCAGUCCCUAGGCCCUGUUGGCGUGCAGGAGUACGCCGAGCACACGGUCUGA